AUGAGGCUGUCGCUCUUGACUGUGGCCAUAGUCGCCUGCUUACUCACUCUUGUUGCAGCCUGGAGCAAAGAAGACCAGGAAAUCUUCCGUCUGCGAGAUGAAGUCGAAGCCGCAGAAGGGGCUGGCGUCUCCUUCUACGACUUCCUGGGAAUCAAACCAGGCGCAAAUCAGGAUGAUAUAAACCAAGCCUACCGCAAGAAGUCCCGACUCUUGCAUCCUGACAAAGUCAAGCAGAAGUUCAUCGCCGAGAAAUCGACUGGUAAGGACAAGUCAAAGUCCAAGAAGAAGCCAGGAGUCCACGUCUCCAAAGGCCCCUCCCAAUCCGAGAUCAAGGCCGCAACCAAGGCCGCCAGCGAUCGAUUCGCGCGCCUGGGCAUAGUGACCAACAUUCUGCGAGGAUCUGGCAGGGAGCGUUACGACCAUUUCUUGAGCAAUGGAUUUCCUAAGUGGAAGGGAACUGGCUAUUACUAUGCCAGAUUCAGACCUGGCCUUGGUGCGGUGUUGGCUGGGCUGUUCAUUUUCGUCGGUGGAGGAGGACAUUGGCUUGCGCUGUACAUGAGCUGGAAGAGACAGCAAGAGUUCGUGGGACGGUAUAUCAAGUUCGCCCGGCAUGCUGCUUGGGGCGAAAAUCUGGGCAUACCAGGAUUGGGCGGGACUGCCACUCCUCCUGUUGCUGCUGUCGAUGGGGAGCCUCAGAGGCAGCCAAUGAACAGGAGAGAGAGGAGAAUGCAGGAGAAGGAUGCCAAGAAAGAGAAGUCUGAGAAAAAGACCAGGGGCAUCAAGGCUGCGAAAGCUUCGCCUGCAGCAACGCCCCCUGUUGGCGCAACUGGGCCUAGGAAGCGGGUUGUCGCCGAGAAUGGCAAGAUUCUUGUCGUUGACUCCGUUGGCAAUGUCUAUCUCGAGCAGGCUGAUGAGGAUGGCGAGACUCAUGAGUUUUUACUCGAUCCCAAUGAGCUUCUCAAACCCACCUUAAAGGACACAGCACUCUACCGCGUCCCUAUCUGGGCCUACAACCAGCUUAGUGGCCGCUUCGUCAAAAAAUCUGCAGAAGAAGAAGAGUCUGAUAUUUCGGAGGAGGAUGUUCCCUCCAGCAGCUCAGGAACCGAGGAUUUCGAAGUUCUGGAGAAAAUCAAGACGACUGCACAAAACGGAACUGGCAAAGCAGUGAGGAGGAAGAAGGGCAACAAAGGCCGGUAG